UAGUCUGUAAAGUCCUGUGAGAACAUUGAGGUGAAACUUGGCCUUUAUGAGCCGGUUCCACACAGAUUCCAGGAUGGGACAGGAUGGGAACUGUGGAGGGGAGCGGGAGAGAUGCUCUCCAGGACAGAUGGUCCCUCCCUCUCUUCCCUAUUCCCUCCCUCUAUUUCCUCCUCGGUCCCUCCCCUUUCCCCUCCCUUCUCUCCCUGUCGCCGCGUCCGUCCCACACUCCCUGGCCGGGCCGAGCGGAGAUGGAGUGAGUAUGAUAUCGGCUGGCUGGCGGCUGCCCGCGGACCCUCAGCGGCGGAAGGCGAGCCGGGUGCAGGGACAGCUUCGCAAACUAGCCCAGCGCUGCCAGAACCCCCGGCUGCGGCUCCGCAACAGCCCGCCUUACCUGCCCGAGAUCGCGGCCGCCACCACCGCGCACUUGGACCGGGUGCUGGCCGAGUCGCGGCAGCGGGAGAAGGGCCGUCAACACCUCGAAAGCUGCCUGCUGAACCUGGCGUCGAAGUGCAGGCAGACCAACGAACUGUUUGAGGAUGCCGGCGAGCAGAUGUUCCAGGAAAACUCGCAGGCACGGCGGAACCUGAUGAAGCUCUCACUUAUCUUCAGUCACAUCUUGUCCGAGCUGCGAGCGAUCUUUCCGGAGGGUCUGUAUCAAGGAGACACCUAUACCAUCACCAAGGCAGAGGCUGCUGACUUCUGGAGACAGUCCUUCAGUAACCAGAGCAUCGUUCCGUGGGCGGAUUUCCGGGAACACCUAUACCGCAUCCACCCAUUUGGCAGUGGAAUGGAGUCCAUGGCACUUCGAUCCACCAUAGACCUCACCUGCAACCAACAAAUCUCUGUCUUCGAGUUCGACAUCUUCACUCGCCUCUUCCAGCCAUGGAUGACACUCCUGAAGAACUGGAAUACACUGGCAGUGACCCAUCCUGGUUACAUGGCCUUCCUCACCUACGACGAGGUGAAGUCUCGGCUCCAGGCAUUCACCCACAAACCUGGCAGUUACAUUUUCCGUCUCAGCUGCACGCAGCUGGGCCAGUGGGCCAUUGGAUACGUGACGGACGACGGGACUAUUCUACAGACAAUCCCCCACAACAAGCCACUGUCGCAUGCCCUGACUGAGGGCGCUCGUGAGGGAUUUUACUUGUACCCUGAUGGACGGGAUUUCAAUCCGGAUCUGACAGCCCUUUGUCAGCCUUCCCAGCAGGAUCGUAUCCAGGUGUCGCAGGAAGAAUACCAGUUGUACUGUGAGAUGGGGUCGAGUUUCCAGAUGUGUAAGAUCUGUACGGAGAACAACAAGAACAGGAAGAUGGAGCCCUGUGGUCACCUCAUCUGUGACGCGUGUCUCACUUCCUGGCUGCAUUCCGACGGCCACACUUGCCCCUUCUGUCGCUGUGAAAUUCGGGGCACACAGCCGAUUGUGGUAGAGCCAUUUGCCCCUCGCCAGUGUCAUCCCUACCCUAGUGCCCCGCCAGUUGAGGCGGAUUCAGAGGACGAAGAUGAGGAGGACAACUUUGAAGACAUGGAGACCCUGGCUGACCAGCUGGCAUCGCUCCACAAGGAGCACCCGGAGACCCCGCCUGCUCGUCCCCCUGUCCCACCACGGACUGACCUGUUGGGUCCCCAGGGUAAUGGCCGUGUCCCUCAACCUGCCUGCCGCAGGUUCGGCAGUCCACCCUCCGUGCCCCAGGCCAGUCCAGUGGUGCCUGCCACAGUAGAGCUGCCUGUCUCGAUGCCGAUCCAGGACCGGAUGAGGAACCGUCCCCUGCCGAGGGUUCCCAUUGCCACGAGAGGAUCCGGGCAACGCCAGGGCACCGAGCUGACUGCCUCGGACAUCCUCGGCCGCAGGGGCGCUGAGCGCCGGCAUGUGGCAGUGGAGACAUGCCUGGACAUUGACGUGGACCCCAAGUAUACAGAGCCACAGCCCCAAACACACCUCUCCAUGGCCGACAGAAACUCGACUGACCUGGACUCAGCCACACAGCAGUCUGGCUGCUCUCCACUCUCCUACCUGGACUGGUGGAGUGAGGAAGAUGACGAUGAGGAUGAGGAUGAGGAAGAGGUGACGGACCUGUCGGCAAUCUACACAAAGCCCCACCCUAACAAUGGGACCCUCGCAAACCCUCUCCCCAUCAGAGGGAGGCUCACAGGGCCGGGCCAGACUGCGUGUGGAGCCCCCUCACUGUCACGGUCGCCAAGAUGCCCCCCAGGUCACCCGGUGCAGCUCCCGAUCGAUCCUGUUGCCUGUGCCACGCUGCUGAGGGAGGGAUUCCCGCUUGAAGAGAUCCAGAAGGCGCUGUCCAUCUCCAGCAACAACAUCCAGCUGGCGCGGGUCAUCCUUUUGGAGUUCGUGCCGGGCCACAGAGCCGGCUCCAGCCCCCAGUCCUCCUGAUUCUGGGCUGCAUGGACUACUGUGAUCACCCCUCCCUGCACACUGGGGGGGGGGGGGGGGGGUCGGUGAAUGAAUACACCACUGGCUGGACGUGGCACUGGACAAGAGAGGAAUCACAGGAUCCACUGGAUCACUGGCUGAAGAGCAGGCACACCACUGCUGAAGGAUUGGAUUCCUUGUUCACAAACUGUAUCCUAACACUGUCUGUUCCUGACUCACUCCGCCUGGACACACAACAGUCACGGUCCCGCCCAAACAGUGUCAUCUCCCUGACACAGGGUCAUAGUGCAACACUCUUUCAUUCAUUAACUACCAUAACCAUUAACCACCCUCUCUUUGUACCUCCUUCUGGUCCUGUAAACCCCUCUGGAAUCUACACCUCUCCGCCCCUUCAACCUGUCUCUGUAAUCCGUCCCCCCUCCAGCCCCUAUGCCACAUCCUACCUCCGUGACCCCCUCCAACACUAACACCCCUCGCCACUCAGUGGUCCUGUCACUGACACAACCCUGCUGGGGUGGGUGGGGCUGAAUGAAAUGCCCCCGGGGCGAAGGUUAAACUGGCCUGCGGUUCUGUGAGUGUACAGCAGGUGGCAGUGGUUACCGUGGCUCAGGGCAGAAGACUAUCAAACGUAACAGGAGCUGAAUUUGGCCCUUCCAGUCUGCUUUGCCAUUUUCAUCAUGGCCGAUUCAUUAUCCCUCUCAAUCCCAAGACAACUAGGGAUAUGGGUAUCACUCUUCCCUCCUUGUCCCUUCCAUCAUAGUUCCCAUUCCUCCUCGUCUGGAAGUAUAUUUGUAAUGCACACUGUAUUUUGAAUGGUUCAGGACAAUAUUCUGUAAAUGUUAUUAAACAUUCUGUGGAAACCUCA